GCACAAACGACCAGCAGCUGGGUCAAACCGUGAAAAUCGCGAUGACUUUUGCACCUCCUGAUCGGAAGGAUCCGCUCCAGUUCUUCUUGAAUGGAGAACUGGUACGAGUUUAUGACCCCGAUCCGCGACAAAUGCUCAUCGAAUUCUUGCGCGAUUCCAAGGGCUUGACCGGCACCAAGAGGAGCUGCUUGCAGGGAGGAUGUGGUGCAUGCGUGGUCGCCAUUCAGGAAUAUGAUGUCGCCACAAGGCGUUGGGUCUAUCGAUCAAUCAACAGCUGCCUCAAGCCCCUGGUGGCCUGUCACGGUGUGUCCGUGACUACGGUGGAGGGUGUGGGCAGCGAACGGAAGUGCGUGCAUCAGGUGCAGAAGCGUAUCGCGGAGAACCAUGGCAUGCAGUGCGGCUUUUGCACACCUGGAAUGGUCAUGAACACCUAUGCGCUGCUGCGAGCGGGUGGCAAGCCCACGGCAGAAGAGUCCAUGAAGAACUACGAUGGAAACAUUUGCCGAUGCACUGGCUACCGAAAUUUGGUUCAGGCCUCUGAGUCCUUUGCCUCCGAUGCGUCCAACGAGGCGGUCGCGUUGGCGGAGAAAUGCGGCCACCACGAUGCCAACCUCUGCGACAAGUUGAGUGGCCCAGAAUACCCCAAGAUGGAUAUGCUGCGCCAGUCCGUUUCCUUCAAAACAGAAGGCUUUGCUUGGUAUGCACCCAUGUCUUUGGAGGAGACGUUAGAAAUCAAGAAGUCCAAGCCUCGAGCAAUGUAUAUCCUGGGCGACACCGCCAAAGGUAUCCGCCAGGCGGCGUAUGAGGUGGCCAACGGCCGUGCCAACGAUGUGAUCUCCCUUCGAAACGUCUCAGAACUGAACAUCUUGGAGAAGAAUGGCACAGGCUUGACGUUUGGUGGGGCCUUAACCAUCCAGCAUCUCAUCGAUGCAUUGCAAGCGUACCAGCAAGAGCAUCCGAAUUCUCAGUGGCCCGAGGCAGUUGCCGAUGGUUUGAAGAAUGUGGCUCAGCAUCACAUCCGUUCAGAAGCAGGAUGGGCUGGAAAUUUGCUGAUCACCAUCCAGCGUGGCUUUCCUUCGGAUCUCUUCCCUUGUCUUCUGGCAGCCGAUGCGGAAGUGUCCUAUGUCACCACUUCGGCACGGGAUGAGAAGCGCAUUUCCCUGGUGGACUUCAAACCUGGAGCAGUUCCUUUCAAUGCUUUACUGACCAAGCUGCACAUUCCAAAUCUCGCAGGGGCCUUCUAUAAGUAUUACAGAGUUGGUCAGCGCAAGUGGUUAUCCCACUGCUUCGCUGGUGCAGGCUUCCGAGUGGUGCUGGAUGGCUCCAAAACGAUCACCGAUGCGCGAGUGGCUCUGGGCUACUGGGCCUCGACUCCAAUGCGAUCCAGCAAGGCGGAACAAGUACUUCUUGGCAGCUCCUUAGACACUGAGACCCUGCAGAAAGCCAUCAGUGCUGUGCAUGCAGAUUUGGAAUUUGCUGAAGAGCGCAUGUUCCAGACUGUUGACAACCCAACUGGCAAGGACUCAUACCGCCGCAAUCUGCCUGACAGUUACCUGUUCAAGUUCUUUCAAGAGGCGCAAAACCAUUUCGGAGUCAAAUCGUGGGCAGCAGAAGAAUUGGGAAAUCUCCCGGUGAAGCCACUCAAAGCAGGAGACUUGAAGUUCCAGGAGGCGCCAGGCUUGGACAACAAACCACAGCUGUCUUCCAUGGGACUCACCACUGGAGCCGUACGCUACACAGAUGACCAGCCAGUGCCAUCCCUCUUUGGCUAUCCAGUCCUGAGCGAAGUGGCCACGGGGAAACUCGAGAAUUUGGAUGUGACGGAAGCCUUGAAAGUCGAAGGUGUGGUGGAUGUCGUCACUGCAGCGGACAUUCCAGGAGCCAACUGUGCUGGAUUUGCCGCAGGAGAAGAGCCCGUCUUUGUUGAGAUUGGCGGGGCCAUCAUCACCAGCGGUCAGCAGCUGGCUCUGGUGGUGGCCACAUCCUAUCGCGCCGCGAAGCGCGGCGCAGCGGCGGUCACGGUGAAGAUCUCCGGGGCCAAUGAAGGUGCCAUCAUCACGAUCGAUCAAGCCAUUGAAGCCGGAUCGUACCUUGAGGAGGCACAUUUCCGCAACACCAUCGACAAGGGUGAUUUGGAAGAAGGUUUCAAGUCCAGUGAUAUGGUUUGGGAAGGCACCACUUACGUCAUUGGCCAACAUGCUUUCCCCAUGGAGAAGCAGGCUGCCCUUGCUGUGCCGGAGGAAAAGAAGGGCAUGACCAUUUGGAACUCUACGCAAGGGCAUGACUUUUGUCGUGCGAAGCUGGCGGGAGUUCUGGACGUCCCUGGGUCCUACGUGGUGGUGAAACAGACCCGGGCCGGCGGCGCCUUUGGCCACAAGAACAGCCGGCAGGUGCCUGUGGCUGCCAUGGCAGCCGUGGCGGCGCAUAAGUUAGAGAAGGCCGUUCGCGUGGCCUAUGAGUCCACCUUGGAGCAGUGGGCGGUCGGCGGACGCCACAGCUUCAAGACCAAGUACAAGGUGGGUGUGACCAAGGAUGGAAAGAUUCAGUCGUGCGAGAUCGAAUCCUGGUGCAAUGGUGGAUGCACCCACGACUUCACAGGAUUCUUGAACCUCGAGAUGGGUGAAGCCAUCCCUUCAGUCUAUUGGUGGCCCAACAUGAAGGUCAACGUCCACGCGAUGAAGACCAACUUGCCCACCAACACCGCAGUGAGGUCCUUUGGAAGUCCCCAAGGCUAUUUCAUCUGUGAGGCCAUCAUUGAAGACAUCGCCGGCAGGUUGGGCAAAGCCGUUGAGGAGAUUCGCGAAGUGAACAUGUGCACCAGAGAGAAUGCGGUGACACCUUGGGGGCAGCCCAUGGAAUACUACAACGUGGAUAUGCUUUGGAAGAAGUUGAAGCAGGAUGCCAAGUUUCAGGAACGUGAGGAAGCCUGCAAAGCCUUCAAUGAGAAGCACCGCUGGCGCAAACGUGGCAUCAGUGCAGUUCCUUUGGCGUAUGGACACUGCUAUGCUUAUGCAGCCGGAACUGGUGCUCUGGUGAAUAUCUUCGGUUCAGAUGGAUCAGUGACUGUACAUCAUGGAGGAUGCGAGAUUGGACAAGGAAUCCACACCAAAGUGGCGCAAGUGGUGGCCAUAUCUUUGGGCUGCCCUUUGGAGCUGAUCCGGGUGGCGGAUACCAAUUCUGAGGUGGUGCCCAACGCCCGCUUCACGGGUGGCUCCAUCACCACGGAGGUGGUCUGCGAAGCGGCACGACAGGCCUGCAAGCAGCUUUUGGAAACCCUUCGGCCCCACCGGGAGUUCUUAGCGAAGCGCGAUGGGAAGGAGCCAAGCUGGACAGAGUUGGUGGCAGCUGCCAACACAGUCUUGGGACAUCAAGAGAAGCUGUCAGCCACAGGCAUUUUCUCACCGGCAGGGAACCAGUACACCACUGACGUAGAGGGCAACAAACUGGGCGAAUUCCAUGGAGACUAUUUCACCUACGGUGCAGGCAUUUCGGAAGUUGAGCUAGAUGUUCUCACUGGAGAAAUCAGGCCCUUGAGAUCUGAUAUCCUGUACGAUGUGGGUCAGUCCAUCAAUCCUGGCAUAGACCUUGGACAAUUGGAGGGCGCAUUUGUUUUCGGUAUUGGCUACUACCUAUAUGAGGAGCCCUUGAGAGACAACCGCGGGACUGAACGCUCCCAGGGAGUUUGGGCCUACAAGCCCCCGAUGGCUCCGGAAGUGCCAAUUGAGUUUCACGUGGAGUUGCUGCGCGACAAUCCCUUCCCCAAGGGCGUCUUGGGAUCAAAAGCUAUUGGAGAACCACCCUUUAUGCUGGCCUAUAGUGUUUUAGGAGCCGCCAAGAAGGCCAUUGCAUCCGUUCGUCGCGAGAAUGGCCUCAGCGAGCACUUCCAGAUGCCCAUGCCCUGCACGGUGGAUGCCAUCCAAAAGGCAUGCGGCGUGGAAGCAUCCCACUUCAAAUGCUGAUCAGCGCUGUAGAACGCCCAGCAAAGACUAAGCCCAAAAGUUCGCUUUGUCAGUGGACAUGGUCUGAUAAUGUCUGAUAGAUCAGCAAUAGCAUUGUUUCUGAGGCUGCAGAAUGUUCAGCCGUUGUGUAUAUAAAUUUGGUUGCACCUCCAUCGUCUUUCCACAUCGAAAAU